AUGGAAAGCUACAAUUUCCUUUAUGUGAACACCUUGGUGCAAGAUUACUUGAAAUACAUUUGCCAAGAGGCUCAACUUGCAGCAGCCCCGAACAGAGUUGCUGAAGUCCUACGUAAAGCUGGAUCUUCUGCUCAGAAAGAAGUUGAAAGCAACCUGAGACCUUACGUGGACUCACUGGAGAUUCAUUCUGUAGAGGAAGCCAAUGACAUUUUCAAUCAAGUGAUGGAAAACGAAUUUGCGGAUGGGACCAUUAACUGGGGACGCAUUCUGACGAUAUUCCUGUUUGGCGGAAUCCUGGCCAAAAAACUGCAAGGGCCCUUGGCCAAAGAAAACCUGAGACAGAUCUCUUAUUUCAUCACAGACUAUAUCAUGGGCACCAAAGGAAAGUGGAUCAGCGACAAUGGAGGAUGGGACAACGGCUUUAUUACCAAAUUUGAGGAUAAAAGCUCCUGGAUAUCCUUGUCCACUUUGAAGACAAAGCUCUUGGCUGUUUUUUCCCUCUUCAAUCAAUAUCACUCAUAAACCUGGUCAAUGCUUUCUUGAGGAU